AUGGGCAAUGUGUUGGAUGAUUUAAAUUUUAAAGUUGUCGCACUUUGCUUGGAUGUUCUUCGCUUAACGCUGGAAAAAGUUGGAUCACUUCUAGCGCCAUAUAUACAGCAAAUCAUUGGCUUAAUUUCGAAACAUUUUGGCAAUCAAAAAUCAGCAAUAAAACAACAAAUUAUGGCAAUUUCCAUGAUAACAAUGAAAAAUUGCUCACCGAAAAGUGUCAUCUCAUAUUUGUGCAUUUACUCGGAACAUCGAAAUUCACGAAUUCGUGAAGAGAUUUUAAAUAUUAUGACAGCUGCAUUGCUUAAAUUCGAUUCACGCUCAAUUAAUUUAAAAGCAAUUGCCGAUGUUGUUGUUCCAUUACUUGCUGACCAAAAAAGACGUGUUAG